UAGAUUACGCACUGUAUUUUCUUUCUCUCCUCCCCCCACCCCCCUUCUCCACCCUGUCUGCUUUUCCAAUUUGUUCUUUCCCUCAAAAGUCAAGUGUUUCACACUUUUCAGUUCCGAAAUCAAGACUGCAUUCGUUUUCCGGGUCUCAGCUUCUCUGAUCAAUCGAUUAAUCUUUCUGUGCUCUUUAUGGGGGGAAAUGUUGGUUAAACAUUGACAAAUUUGGGAUUUUGGGUCCCAAUUUUUGAAGGGUUCUGCAUGUUUUGAUGUUCAAUUUGUGAUAUCGGUUAAUUGCCAACUUGAUCUCUUCGAACCCAUCAAGGUUUGAGUUCUCUUUUCGUAAUUUGAUCCACAUUGGUGUUUUUCUGAAGAUUUAGGUACAUUCGGUUUUGCAUGUUCUGUUGGCUUUUAAGCUUAUUAUAGGUGCUUUAUUUAUUAUUUAGCGCAAUAUAUAUGUGGGAUUUCUGGAUUUUAUGAAGUUCAAAUUGAUACCAUCAGAAAGGGGUUUGUUUUGAAGAUUCGACCACGCAUUUUUUUGUGCAUUCUGUUGGUUUCAAGCUUAUUCGUGGUGCUUUUGAUUAGUUAUGGGAGAUUAUUGGGUUUUCUAGUGUAUUAUUUUUGCUUUGGUUUUUGUUGGGUCUUAUAAAAUGAAGAGGUUAAAAAGUGAACCUCCGAAUGGUAGGAGGUUCAAAUUGUCACAAUUCUUGCUGGGUAUAGGAGCAUUAUACUUGGUGUUUUUAGCAUUUAAAUUUCCACACUUUUUAGAGAUUGCAGCAAUGUUGAGUGGAGAUGAUAGUUAUGUUGGGUUGGAUACGGCUGCAACAGAAGAUGUGGAAGAUUCAGACUUAAGCAGACCAUUCUUUGGUUCUGUUUAUAAGGAUACAUUUCACCGAAAAUUAGAAGAUAACCAAAACCAAAAUGCACCGACAAUGCCUGAUAAAGAACCAUUGGAAGAAGUAAAAGGAAUGAAUAAACCUAUAAAGCCACAUCAGCACCGAUAUGGUCGAAUAACAGGAGAGAUAAUGAGGCGAAGAAAUAGAACUAGUGGUUUGUCAGUGCUUGAGACACUGGCAGAUGAGGCUUGGACUUUGGGAUUGAAGGCAUGGGAAGAAGUGCAAAAGUAUGAUGGGAAGGAGAUUGGACAAAAUUCUGUUUAUGAGGGGAAGCUUGAUUCAUGCCCUUCAUGGGUGUCAAUAAGCGGGGAGGAGUUGGCUAGCGGGGAGAAGAUGAUGUUCCUUCCAUGCGGAUUAUCCGCAGGGUCUUCUAUAACAGUGGUAGGAACACCUCAUUAUGCGCAUGAGGAGUAUGUCCCUCAACUGGCAAGGUUCAGGAGUGGUGAUGGCAAUGUUAAGGUUUCGCAGUUUAUGAUUGAGUUGCAAGGACUAAAGGCAGUUGAUGGGGAGGAUCCACCAAAGAUUCUGCAUUUGAAUCCUAGAUUGAGAGGAGAUUGGAGUAAGCAACCAGUUAUUGAGCACAACACCUGCUAUAGAAUGCAAUGGGGGACAGCUCAGAGGUGUGAUGGCUUGCCAUCCAAGAAAGAUGAAGACAUGCUGGUUGAUGGAUUUAUGAGAUGUGAGAAAUGGAUGCGGAACGACAUUGUAGAUUCAAAAGAGUCCAAGACGACUUCAUGGUUCAAGAGAUUCAUAGGCCGUGAACAGAAGCCAGAAGUGACAUGGCCAUUUCCUUUUGUGGAAGGAAAAUUAUUUAUCCUGACAUUGCGUGCUGGUGUUGAUGGCUACCAUAUAAAUGUUGGGGGUCGGCAUGUGUCCUCUUUUGCAUAUCGUCCGGGCUUCACUCUUGAAGAUGCAACAGGAUUAGCAAUCAAAGGAGAUAUAGAUGUUCAUUCAGUUUAUGCCACCUCUCUUCCUAGCUCCCAUCCAAGUUUCUCUCCUCAAAGGGUACUGGAGAUGUCGGAUAAGUGGAAAGCUCUUCCUUCACCGAAGAAUCCAAUUCAACUUUUCAUUGGGAUUCUGUCUGCUACUAAUCACUUUGCAGAACGUAUGGCAGUUAGAAAAACUUGGAUGCAAGCAUCACCAAUCAAAUCUUCAAAAGUAGUAGUUCGAUUUUUUGUUGCUCUGAACCCCAGGAAAGAAGUGAAUGUAGUGCUGAAGAAAGAGGCUGCUUACUUUGGUGAUAUUGUGAUAUUACCAUUUAUGGAUCGCUAUGAGCUUGUGGUUCUUAAAACUGUUGCUAUUUGUGAGUUUGGGGUUCAGAAUGUUUCCGCUGCAUAUAUUAUGAAAUGUGAUGAUGACACUUUUGUUAGGGUGGAGACUGUCUUGAAAGAGAUUAGUGGUGUCUCUCCCAAAAAAUCUCUUUAUAUGGGCAAUCUCAACCUCUUACAUCGUCCUCUGAGAACUGGAAAAUGGGCAGUCACUUUUGAGGAGUGGCCUGAAUCAGUAUAUCCUCCUUACGCCAAUGGGCCAGCAUAUGUAAUUUCCAGCGAUAUUGCUAAAUUUAUCAUUGCUCAACAUGGCAAUAGAAGCCUUCGGCUCUUCAAGAUGGAAGAUGUCAGCAUGGGAAUGUGGGUUGAACAAUUUAACAGUUCCAAGCCUGUCCAGUAUUCCCACAAUUGGAAAUUUUGCCAGUAUGGGUGCAUGGAAAAUUAUUACACUGCGCAUUAUCAAUCCCCUAGACAGAUGAUCUGUCUGUGGGACAAGUUGGCGAGAGGGGGGGCUCAUUGCUGCAACUUUAGAUGAUGACUGCCUUAUUGUGCAUCUCCACGGAGUCUUUCGAAGAUAACAGCAGCUCUUACUGCACUAGGUGAUCAUAUCUCCAUUAUCUUCUUGUUUCCCUACUUGCAUCUAACACUUCCCAUUUAAAAUGGGAUCUAUUAUAGAGAUGGCUGUGUAUUGAGUAACAGCUGCGCCAUUUUGGAAGAACACGAAUUGUUAUCGAGAUUGAGGAAUGGCUGAUAGUUAGGUCAAACAACAUUUUGGCUCUGAACUAAAAGCAGGGAAAAAUUGUAGAAGCAUGUUGUAUAUCUUUUGACACUGGAUAUCUAUUUAGUUUUGGAAAUGGCAAGAAGCCUUAAAAUUAAUGCAACUUCGUGAAGAUGCUAAUGUUUUUCUUUAA